AUGCCAUCAUCAUUAAAAACAAUAGGCAUGGCGUUUGGUGCUAUAGCAGUGGUAGGUGUGGUGGUAGGUUGUAUAACAUGGGCGGUUCUAGCCAGCAAAGGUCCAACACCACCAGAAUUAGUACCGUUGGACUGGUGGGAGCAUACAGUUAUUUAUCAAAUCUACCCGAGAUCGUUCAAGGACAGCAAUGGAGACGGCAUCGGCGACAUAAAAGGUAUUAUUACACAAUUGGAACACUUUGUUGACGCCGGCGUUGGUGCUAUAUGGAUGUCACCUGUCUUCGUCUCGCCCAUGGUGGACUUUGGAUAUGAUAUUAGUGAUUUCUAUAAUAUUCAGGAGGAAUAUGGUACAAUGGCUGACUUUGAAGAAUUAGUUGAUAAAGCUCACCAGCUCGGCAUCAAAAUUAUUCUGGAUUAUGUUCCGAACCACGCUAGUACUGAAUCAGACUAUUUUAAAAAGUCGGAGGCAAGGGAACCCGGUUUCGAAAACUAUUUUGUUUGGGCCGAUCCAAUUAUUGAUCCGAACAAUGCUAGCAACAGAUUAGUUCCAUCGAAUUGGAUAAGUCAAUUCGGUGGUACCGUAUGGGAAUGGAGCGAAAUACGACAACAAUUUUACUUACAUCAAUUUGCGAUAGAACAAGCCGACUUUAACUUUAGAGAACCAGCUGUUAAAGAAGAAAUGAUUAAUAUAAUGAGGUAUUGGUUUGAGAAGGGGGCAGAUGGUUACAGGCUAGACGCUAUCCCGCAUCUUUUCGAAGCGAACCCUAAUGAUCAUGGCGGUCUGUACCCUGAUGAACCCUUAACUGGAAAUCCAUUCUUAACUCCCACUCAAGCGGGUUAUACUACACAAGAGCACACUAGGGAUCAAAUUGAGCUGUACGAUGUAGUAUACGAAUGGAGAGAAUUUGCUGAUAAAUGGACCAAUGAUAAUAACGCUGAAACAAGGAUACUUCUAGCGGAAGCAUACGCAAAUGUAACAAUGACAAUGCUGUACUAUGGUAACGAACAAGAUAAAGUUGGGGCACAUUUUCCAUUUAAUUUUGAUUUCAUCAAUAGUUUGUCCUCCAGUUCUAACGCUCGCGACUUUGUUUAUAUCAUUAAGCGUUGGCUUACUUAUAUGCCCCAAGGAAAAGUCGCUAAUUGGGUCUUUGGCAAUCAUGACCAGAAAAGAAUGCCUUCGAGAUUUAGACCUAACAUGGUAGAUGGGCUUAAUUCCUUGAACAUGAUGCUCCCUGGAGUUGCUAUAACUUAUCAAGGAGAAGAAAUCGGUAUGAGGGAUGGUUACGUGAGUUGGGAAGAUACAGUAGACGUUGCAGCGUGUAACCAAGGCAACCCAGAUAACUACUUGCAGUUCUCAAGGGAUCCAGCUCGUACACCAUAUCAAUGGGACAGCAGUACUAGCGCAGGAUUCUCGACAAAUGCAAGCACAUGGUUACCAGUUUCUUUGGACUAUUUGGAAAUCAAUUUACAAGCACAAAAAGAAGCCAGCCGAAGUCAUUUCAAGGUAUACAAAUCGAUGACACGCCUGCGAAAGGAGCCUGCUUUAUCACACGGAUCAUACCAUAUCCAGAGUCUAUCAGAAAAUACCUUUGUCCUUGUGAGAUAUCUUCUCACUCAUGAGACCUAUGCUUUAGUGUUCAAUGUGGGUGAGACGUCUGACACAGUCGACCUGUCCACCGUACAGUUCUUAGAGGAGCCGCUAACUGUUUAUUCAUCAAGUGUGCAUUCCAACAGAGCCAUUGAUGACACGAUUCCUCGAGGGUCCGUAACCCUUCAGGCAGGAGAAGCUCUCGUAUUACGAGCCUCACCGAUGUAG